AUGUCUGAUAUUGCGAAUACCGAAGACAUCGAACUCGGCAAUUUGCCAAUUAUCCAAGCCAUUAUUUAUAAUGAGAUUUCGAACUGCGCGGAACUCAAAAGGGAAACGAAUUUGAAGAUUUCGCAAGGGUUCAAUGAGAUCAAAAUCCAGAACCUUCCAUACAACCUCGUCGGCGAUUCUCUUCGCAUCACCGGAAAAGGAGAUGCAAUGAUCCACGACGUUUCGGUCAAAUGGCUCCAUAAUUCGCGUGAAAACUAUCCGCAAGCGGUGCUUGACGUCGAAGCGGUCAUGAAGGAAAAAGAAGAACGACGUGACGAGAUCAGCGACAAAAAGUCGAUUGUCAACCGAAGAAUCGAAGUAUUGGAUAAACUUGUCGGAGAAGUCGGAAACGGUUUGAACAAAGAGAAGAGCGGUUUUGUGUUCGACAAGAAUACCGUCGAAAGCGUUGACAGUCUCCAUGAGUACUAUGCCCGACAAUCGGCCAGCCUUCGCAAAGAAAAACGACGGCUUCAAUUUGAACUCGAGAAAGCUGAAAAAGAGUACAGCCGAGCACGAGAAGAUUAUCAAAAGCUGUCGGAGCCGUACCGUUCGAGCAAUUCUUACGCGAGUGUGAUCGUCGAAGGAAAAGAAGAAGGAGCUACCAUCGACCUCACAAUCGUUUAUCAAGUCAAUGGAGUUUCUUGGUCGCCAUAUUACGAUAUUCACGUGAACACAAUUGGAGAUCACACAAUGCAGAUCACGUAUUAUGGCAAAAUAGCACAACAAAGUGGAGAGGACUGGAGUGAUGUUCCAUUGGUUCUUUCGACAGCUCAACCAUCGCGCGGCGGCUCUCAAUUGCCGAAAUUGGGAGUGCUCGAGGCUCGUUUCAAACAGCCAACCGAACAACUCGAAUGUGCACCGAAAAUGUACAGAAUGUGCAUGGCAUCGGCGCCAAUGCGUAAUGAAAUGAGACAAAUGACUUCGAGUGUUCGUAAGACCAAGAUUGCCACCGAAUUCGUUAUUGCGAGAAAAGCGACGAUUGAGAAUAAUUCGACGGAUUUCAAGGUCACCAUCGGAAUCAUCGAACUUACACCAAAACUUUCGUAUGCUUCUGUUCCGUCGAAGAACGCCGUUGCUUUUCUCGUUGCUCGUUCAAUCAACACUUCCGAAUAUCCAUUGGUGGCUGGUCAAGCUUCCGUUUUCCUCGAUGGCGUUUUUGUGACGAAAAUCGAACUCGAUGAUGCUGUCGUUGGCCAGCGUAUGUUCUGUUCUCUGGGAUCCGACGCUGAAAUCCGUGUGGAGUACAAACCGGUGAAGACCUAUCAGGAAGAAGUCGGAAUGAUCACAAAAUCGAAAGUUAAUGCGACCGAAAAGACGAUCGUGGUGAACAAUUUGAAGGACGAUGCCAUUCUUUUGACAAUCCGCGAACAGAUUCCGAGAUCCACUGAUGGAAAAAUCAAGGUUCGUUUGGUGAGUCCAUCAGCAAAGGAAGGCGAUGAGAGUCACGAUGUUCUUCCGAAAGAAGGUGCAAUCCUGACAAAAGAAAAUAUUCUCGAAUGGACGAGUCUGCUGUCGCCGGGAGACGAGAGAACAUUCGUCGUCAAGUACACUAUUGAUUCGCCAAAAGAUGAGGAAGUCGAAUUCCACGAGCAAUUCUAA